GCUUCCUGCUUGUUACUAAAACUGCAACAUUGCAGGAAUAUGGCCAUCAAGCCCAACGGGUACGCCGGCGGCAAGUCCUUAGUCGAGGACGUCGUCACGGUGGAAGAGUUCAAAGAGUGGCUGAGGAGGUUUGACGUCGACAAGGAUGGUCGGAUAAGCGGCGAGGAGCUGCGAAGGGCGAUCACCAGCAUCUUCGGGCGUCUCAAAGGUUGGAGCAUGGGGAAGCGAGGGAUCAGGUAUGCCGACGCCAACGGAGAUGGCUUCAUCGGCGCGGAUGAGAUGGACAAAUUGAUAGAGUUUGCUCGGGUGCAGUUGGCUCUCAGGAUCGUGUGUAACUAACUUAACUUGCAUGCUUUUAGCCUAAUUAAUAGGCGUGCCGCCGUGUACAAGAUGACGAUGGAAGAAGCUUAAAGUUAUAAUUG